CACUUCCGCCGCGAUCCAAGAUGGCGGCCGCGAGCGGGGCGGGCUCGGAGGCUCCGGGGGGGAAUUUGGGGGGACCCGGGGGGGGCUCCGAGACCCCCGGGGGGGCUUCGGGACCCCCAAACCCCCUCAGGCCCCUCCCCCCGCGACCCGGAAGUGACGGUGGAGAUCGGGGAGACCUACCUGUGCCGGAGGGGGGAUGGGAGCUGGCACUCGGCCGAGGUGAUCCAGUCCCGCCUCAACGAGCAGGAGAACCGCGAGGAGUUCUACGUGCACUACGUGGGCUUUAACCGCAGGCUGGACGAGUGGGUGGACAGGAACCGCCUGGCGCUCUCCAAGUCGCUCAAAGAGGCCGCCCAGAAGAGCAGCGAGCCCUUCCUGGCUGAGCUGGCCGAGCCCGAGCGCAAAAUCACCCGGAACCAGAAACGCAAACACGACGAGAUCAACCACGUGCAGAAGACCUACGCCGAGAUGGACCCGACGACGGCGGCGCUGGAGAAGGAGCACGAGGCCAUCACCAAGGUGAAGUACGUGGACAAGAUCCACAUCGGGCACUUCGAGAUCGACGCCUGGUACUUCUCGCCCUUCCCCGAGGACUACGGGAAGCAGCCCAAGCUCUGGAUCUGCGAGUUCUGCCUCAAGUACAUGAAGUUCGAGCGCACCUACCGCCUGCACCUGGGUCAGUGCACAGCUGAGUGCCUAGCCGGGCGGGAGAUUUACCAAGAGCAACAUCUCGGCUCACGCAAGGUGGAUGGCAAGGACCACAAGAUCUACCGCCAGAACCCGUGCCUGCUGGCCAAGCUGUUCCUGGACCACAAGACCUCCCAUGACGUGGAGCCUCUCGUGUUCCACCUGCUCACCGAGGUCGACCGGCACGGAGCACACAUCGUGGGUACUUCUCCAAGGUGGGCUCACCUGGGGUCACCUGGGUCACCUGUGCCACCCCCUGUCUGUCCCUGUCACCUGUGCCACCUCCCCUGUGUCACCUGUGUCACCUGUGUGAACUCACCUGCAUUACCUGUCUCACCUGUGCCAUCUUCUUUGUGUCACCUGUGUGAGCUCACCUGUGUCACCUGUGUCACCCCCUGUCUGUCCCUGACCAUCUGUGUCACCU